AUGUGCUUCUCACGUGAUCCUCCUGUUAGGACAGGACAUGAUGUGGUAACCUUCACGGAACCCGGAGAUCACUACUUCAUCAGCUCAAAUCAAGCUCAAUGCACACUUGGACAGAGGCUCGACGUUCUUGUUGUUCAUGAACUGUCACGUCCUAUUCCUCCACCACCACCGAGCAAGAUUCUUCCUUCCGGGGAAAUCUACAGGGUCGGUGACUCUAAAGCAUGGAGCGUUCCUGAAGAGAGUGACUACUUUAACAAGUGGAGUGAAAACAAAUUGUUUCAUGUAGGAGAUAGUCUACUUUUCGAAUACGACAACCAAGUAAACGACAUCUUAGAGAUUAGCGGUGACCUUGAAUUCAUAACCUGCAACCCGUCUUCUCGCAUAGCCGUGCACAAGACGAGCCAUGAUCUCGUUACGCUCACCAAACCAGGAGUUCACUAUUUCAUUACCUCAGAGACGGGUCACUGCGCGGCUGGGCUUAAGCUUCGAGUUGUGGUAGGACCAUUACCCAAAGCCGUUACUUUCACCGAUUUUUCCAAGAAGAUGGAUUUGUCAGCUAUGGACCGCCUCUCAAAGUGGUUAAGCACUUUCAUACCCCAGCCCCAUCACUAA